GCAUAUCGAAGUCUCAGCUAAGAGACCCACCGCCAUCUAGUAAACUAAACUCCGCGCACACUGUAUUAUAUUGCGCAGUUUCACUCGGUUGCGGAGAAAUAAACACUUACCGGUGUCGCGGAGAAAUAGAUACUUACCGGUCGCGUGUACACGGUGUGCACGCAUCUGGCGCGACUCGCAGGCAGUUCGGCAGAAGCGAUUUUAGUCGCUGGCUGAUCGUCGAGGUUGUUUGUUGUCAUCGUCAUGGAGCACCGCACGUACAGCUAUACGAGCAGAGUUCCGGAAGACCAUUUUCACUUCACGAUAGCUUUUCCAGAGCUAUUCCGUCGGCGUGUAAUGGCAGUCUCGCAGUCGACUCGAACGUUUUCAGCGAAAAGAAAAAAAAAAGCUUGGUCGCAGAGGUCGACAGUUAAAUCGCAUAUGGCGAACGCCGCUCUUCCCCAAACACUUGCAGUGCGCUUUCAGGACUUUCAAAAGCAGCUACCCGGUGGAGAGACGUCGAUGGAUAACCUACUAGACGCGCUGCGAACCACGAAGACGGAUUUCAAACGGCUACCUGGCUUUGACCCGAAUGUCGACGAAGACGAGUACCAUCGCGCUCAGCAGUGCAUCGACUGUGACGAAGUCUUUCCUCGUGUUUACAUCGGCGACGGUAGGAGUCGAUUAAAGAAACAGUUUUGUGCGUCUAGAUUGACUGCCAAAAACAAAGAAUACUUGCUGAGGAUAGGCAUAACCCACGUGCUGAACGCAGCCGAGGGCAAGGCAUUCGGCAUGGUAAAUACGGACAGCAAUUACUACAAAGACACCAACGUCAAGUACCUUGGCUUGCAAAUAAAGGAUCGGCUGAGCAUGGACAUCAGCCAGUACUUUUAUACGGCAGCGUCGUUCAUCCAAGACGCUUGUGCGUCUGGCGGUCGAGUUUUUGUGCACUGUGUCCAGGGUGUGUCCAGAAGCGCGACGUGCGUGAUCGCUUAUUUGAUGAUCAAAAAAGCAAUGCUGGCGAAAGACGCGAUUCGUACGGUGAGACUUAGCCGAGAGAUUGGUCCAAAUGAAGGGUUCCUACGUCAGCUUGCACACCUCGAUAACCAACUACGCAGACAGCGAAUGUGAAAUUUCUCUUCUAAAGCCUUUUCAAGGAAUCGAUUGUAUACGUCUAUAAGGUUAAUUUUCCGAGAUGAUUUUCAAGCGAAUAGUAGAGCGCGCGAAUUCGAAAACUACAGGUUCGUUGUUAUAAAAAGAAACAUUAAGAUAGCACUUUUAAUAUUAUUAUUACAAACGAGAGAGAAAUCAUUUUUUAAUUGUCAAUUUGCAUUACUUCAGCACUAUUUUCUUUUAUCCUUCGUACAAUUCGAGUGAUUUAUCAAAUGAUUAAAAAGUAAUAAUUUAUAUAUAUAUAUAUUGUAUACUGAAAUUAUGAACCUUAAUUCCUAUUCGUUGUUUUUAAAAUUAAUUUAAUGUUUAUAUAUAUUAUU